CAGGAGCCACAGGAGGGGGUGGGGACAGAACCAGGUUCCUGUAGAGGUGGAGAAGCCAAGGGAGAGAGUGUGGCGGGCUGCAUCAAUAGUGUCAAGUUCUGCAGGGGAACGAGGACUGCAGAAAAGCUGCAGACAGGCCUUGGCAGUACUGUGCAGCAGUUAAGUACUGGGCUUUGGAGUCAGGCUGCCCAGGUUUAAAUUCAAAUCCCAUUUCAGCCACUUACUAGCUUAUGACCUUGGACAAAUUAUUUAGCCUUUCUAAACCUCAGUUCCCUCAUCUAGAAAGUGAAGAUAAUAAUAGUACUUACUUGCAAUAGUGGUUGUGAAGAUUAAAUUAGGUAAUCCAUGUGAAGAGCUCAGUCCAGAGGCUGGCACGUUCCAAGGGCUCAAUCACCGUUAGAUGGCGGUGGUGAUGGUAUCAUCAUUCAUGGCAGAGUCUCUCCUUCCCUGCACUAAUACUUCCAGAUCUCUUCUGCUUUGGGGGUUCCUGCCCCUUAGACCCCUCCCUGCAUUAUGUGUCCCUCUGGCUCUUGGACAUCCCUCACUGUCUCCCAAAGACAGCCUCUCUCUACAUCCAGGCCCCAGCUUCCCUCAUCUCCCGGCCCUAGGUGGAAUCCAGAGAUGAGAGAGCCGGAAUCCUAGGACCUAUCCAGAGAAGAUAAGGAAGUGUUUGGGGGAGUGGGCUGCUCUGCUCCUGUCCGUUGUCCCCCAAUGCUGCCCUCACUCUACCGCCAGAGGGCAGCAAGUGCACGAAGCACAAGCUCUUCGGGAACCUGGUUGUCCAGCAGGUGGCGGGCGAGGGGAGGAGGUGGGAAGCGGUUAGGGAUGAAGUCCCCAGUCUGAGGUCGCUUCUGCCCUGGGUGACCCCAGCUCCACCCUUCAGAGGAGUCACUAAGAGAGUAGUGCCUGACUCCAGGGUACCUGGCUCGGUCUCCCAUCCCUAGCAGGGGAAGUGAAAUGUAAAAGGGGCACGGGGGCCGCGUGCAGAGGGAGCAGGGGAAGGGUCGUCUGGGGACUCAAAGAGACGGUGGGAGGGGUAAAAGAAAGGAGAAAGGUCCAAGCUAGAGAAACAAGGUCGGCCAUAGGAUUGGCAGGGAUACUGGACCCAGCAAGAAUCCCCAGUGGAGGAAGCCCAGUGGGGCAUCUGGGCAAUGCCCCGUCGCCAGGCCGAGGGGCCCCUUGCCAGGACCAGGUCUUCCUGGAACGAGUGUCUGGACCUGGACACCCCGUCCUCUCCUCUUUUCGCCCUAGCGCCCCUUCAUGCCUCUGGAGCUCCCUAUCCCCGCCCCCGUCCUCGGCCCUCCCUCAGCCCCGCCUCUGGGGCGGGCUCUGGGCCGGGCCGGCGCCGCCUCCCCUUCUCCCCGCCGGCCCGGCCGCACAGCCCCGAACCACCCGGGCAACGAGCGCCGCGUCCCCGGCCUGCCCGGCCCGGCCAGGCUCGGCCUCCCCGCCCGGGUCCGCCGCCCCGGGCCAUGGAGCCGCGUCCCCCGGGGUCCCGCAGGAUGGACCCCGUGCAGAAGGCUGUACUCUCCCACACUUUUGGGGGACCCUUGCUCAAGACCAAGCGGCCCAUCAUUUCCUGUAAUGUCUGUCAGAUCCGCUUCAAUUCUCAGAGCCAGGCUGAGGCACACUACAAGGGUAAUCGCCAUGCCCGAAGAGUCAAAGGUAUCGAGGCUGCCAAGACCCGAGGCAGGGAGUCUAGCGUCCGGGAACCAGGAGACCCAGUUCCCCCAGGAGGCACUCCCCCAAAUGGAGAUGGUAUAGCCCCCCGUCCAGUUUCCAUGGAGAAUGGACUGGGUCCAGCCCCAGGAUCCCCAGAGAAACAGCCUGGCUCCCCAUCCCCUCCCAGCAUUCCGGAGACUGGUCAGGGUGCAACCAAGGGUGAAGGGGGGACUCCAGCCCCAGCCUCCCUGCCUGGAGGUAGCAAGGAAGAGGAGGAGAAGGCCAAGCGGCUCCUCUACUGUGCUCUGUGCAAGGUGGCAGUGAACUCCCUGUCCCAGCUUGAGGCACAUAACAAAGGUACUAAGCACAAGACAAUUCUGGAGGCCCGAAGUGGACUGGGCCCCAUCAAAGCUUACCCUCGGCUGGGGCCUCCCACUCCCGGGGAACCAGAGGCCCCUGCGCAGGACCGAACCUUCCACUGUGAGAUCUGCAACGUCAAAGUCAAUUCGGAGGUCCAGCUGAAACAGGGCACUCUGACUUUCUCCAAGGAGCUGCCCAAGUCCCUGGCCGGAGGCCUGCUCCCCAGCCCCCUGGCGGUGGCUGCGGUGAUGGCAGCGGCAGCAGGCUCCCCGCUGUCUCUGCGCCCGGCUCCAGCCGCACCUCUUCUCCAGGGACCGCCGAUCACCCACCCGCUGCUCCACCCGGCCCCCGGGCCCAUCCGAACUGCGCACGGACCCAUCCUCUUCUCCCCCUACUGACCUGAACCCUGAACCCCCCUCCCAUUCAACCCCCCCACCUCCAGCCGGGACCCAGGCCUCCGGGCUUCCAGUCCGCCCCUCCUCCCGGCACUCCCUGAAUGAUCUCUCUCCUUGCCCCCCACCCCGAGGUACGGGGUUCCAGGAAAGGGGAGGGGUAGCGGGGGAGGGGGGCUUCAGAAGGGGGGGAACACCCCAGAUCUCAGGGAACCCCGCCCCCUGCCCUUCCCUCUGCCCUAGAAAAGGGGGGGCCGUCUCACCCCCGAGCCCCCUUGGAGACACCCCCCCCAAAAGCCAUGUCCAUCCAGCCCUUCCCCCCCAAACCUAGCACAAAACGGGGUUCACAAGCCAUGGUCGGGGUCCAGGGGGCAGAAAUGGAUUUUCUUGGCAAUAAGCGGACUCUGGGACUCCGGCCCCCUAACCCCCAAACUGAAGCGCUUCCGUGAACACCCCCCGUCCUCCGCAGGGGGAGGGGAGCAGGCGGGAUCCUGGGUCCCUCAUAAGCACUUUGGUUUUACCGCCUGCAACCUCACUGUGCCCGCCCCGCAUCACGCCCCAGCCCAGGUCUAGCCGGGCCCAUGGGCAGCACUUGGGGGCAUCUCUGGCACUUGGGUGGGACCAAGUAGAUGCCCCUAUAGACCCUUCCCUGACCUUCUCCCUUCCCAGUCUGGAUUCCAUUCUUUUCACCAGCACCCAUCGCCCAAGGGGUACCAAGGGGGGCAAGGGGUGUCCAGUCCAAGCCCACCCCCGCCUCGCCUUCCGCAAAACUGUGAGCAAAAAGCAAUAGAAGCCUCGCCCCCGCCCCGCCCCUUUCCGCAGGAUUUGCAGUCUGUAGCCUCUCCCUUCCCAGCUCCUAGACCUCAUGGCUGUCCCCUCCCACCAGAAACCUCCAACUGCACAAUUCGGGCGGGGUCGUGACCUCCCCCCCUCUCCUUGUGGUUUCCGUAUCGUCAGCCCUUCCAGCACCGACCCGGGAGGAGGACGGGCCCCCAACUGGCCUUUCCCUCCCCAUCAACUCUUUCUGCUUGACGAUGUAGCACCCCGGCCCCCCACCCACGUCUUUCCCUUUUCCCUCUCCCUGACAAUAAAAUCUGGAUUCGUUGCCCUCCGUC